AUGUCGGCGCGCUUGGAGUGCGAUCGACAUGGAGUCCCGCAGUUCGACGGGACGGCCGAUGUGUUUGAAGAAUAUGAGGAACGGGCUUGGGACCUGUUCUAUGGAAGAGCUGGCAACGACGCCACCCAGAUCGCCACACCGAUCCACCUUCGAUCAGGACUCACGGCCGCUGCUUAUGAUGCUGUUCGCAAGCUGAGCCACGAAUCCCUGUGCACUUCGAGGGAUGGAAAGGAGACCGAUGCUGGCAUGAAGCUCCUCAUCCGGACUCUCAAAGAGUCCAUAGCUGCUGAAGUUCCGGUGAGGAUCAACGAGCUCUUCCUGACCGCCUUCUACUCGCCCCAGGUUUGGAGAAAGCCCUCAGAGACGAUGCAACAAUAUAUUGUGAGAAGGGAGCAGGACUUCAACCGGUUGCUGGAAGCAUCAUCUGGCACCCAGGUCUCCGACAACCUCCGCAGUAUGAUGUUGCUGAUCUUCUCCGGCCUGGACCACCGCGAGCAGUUGAGCGUCCUUGCAAGUGUUGGCAAUGAGUAUGACUUCAAGAAGAUCAGUCAUGCCCUGAGGAUCCAAUACCCUCAAGCCACGGGCAAGCCACUUGCAAGAAGAGAUUAUUUGGGAGCCAGUCGAGGCUCACGAAGCUUCAAUGAUGGCCCACCUCAGAGCCGCUACAAGUGGAAGAUGACCCAAAAGGCUCGUUCAGAUGACGAGCCGGCUGAUGAGGCCUUCGUGAACUACGACGAUGAAGAUUUGGAGGCCCUCCUGAGCGAGAAUCGAGAACUGCUAGAUGAUUCCCAGGUGGCUGAAGCAUACGCCACCAUUGCUCAGUUCAAGAAGAAGAAGCAGUUCAGCACCUCUCCCAAGAAAAGCUCAGGAGGACAAGGUGGUCCAUAUCCCUUCAAGGCCACCGGAGAAUUGAGUUUUGAUGCCAAGGCCAAAGAACAGCGCAAGUCAGCUGUUCGCUUCUUGAAGAGCGUCACUCCAUGCACCACUUGCGGCCAACGUGGUCACUGGUCCGGCGAUGCAGAAUGCCCUCAACGCUCCAACACCAAGAAGGGCAAGGGAAAGGGAAGUCAGGCUAAGAAGAAAGCCUCGCCGAAGAGGACAUCGCAAUCCUUCUUCGUGCUCCACGAUCAGAUCGAGUCUGAUGAAGAGGCUGAGGUUCAGUUCACCGAGACCUGCAACCUGAAGGACUUCCAGCGGCCCUUCCAUGCUGCUAUGGAGAAGGAAUGGUCCGCCCUUGUCGCCAACAAUGUUGUUUUGGAGCAUCCUGUCAUCAACAUCGCGGACACCUCUGAAGUGCCACCGAAUGACAUGGAUCAUGAGAAUGUCUUGCCCCCAACGUAUGACCUGAUCCAUGAGUACGCCGACAUGACGGCGAAUGACCCAGUCCUCGACUCCAUCGACGGCACUGGACGGAAUGCAGACGCCUACAUGAUGGCGAAUGACCCGGUCGCUGACCCCUCCGAUGGCAAUGGACCGGGAGCUAGUUUCACCGCUUCCAAGUUUUCCGAAUGCUUUGUCAACUUCAAGAGCCCAAUCCUCUGCGAGCAUGCCCGAGGAAAUGGUGGUCCUGAGCGUCAGUAUCAUCGUGGAGCAAACGGCCACACGAGACACCUCUCCUGCAAGGACUGUGACAAGACUGUUUUGGUCGCCCGCCGGAAAGAACCUGUUCAGUUGUGGGGCUACAUGGUCCAGGUUCUCAUGGCCACAAAGUGGGGAUCAGCACUUCGAUCCGAGGGUCUCUAUCGCUAUGCAGGCCGACUGACUCACGAGUACGCUCGAGAACGAGAUGGACUACGUCCUCUACCACCACCUCGUGGUUCCUCCGCUAUGUCAGCUGCGCCCUCAGCCUGGGAGUUGGCUACGUCAAGUCGCCUUCAUCACCAAGUACCACUUCGGAAAUGUCAACCGCACGGAUCGUGCGACAGCCCAGGCAUCAGGCCUGGCUCUAUGGAGUGCAACUUGCACCAAGUGUUGAACUUCCGCCAUUUCCACCACUUGCAAGAAGACAUCUUGAUCCCUUUGCCUUCGGAUCAGGAACCUUUGAUGUUGGAGCAGGGAACGAUUCCUUUUGCAGUUGCUUCUGCCUCUCCCGAGUACGAGCCCUACUGCCAGCAGGUACUGCAACAUGCCUUGGACAAUCAGCCCAUGGACCCGACGGUCUAUCGCUUUGCCUUCUACCUGUACCGCAAGGUCAAACUGGCAUGGGCAGCUGGCCACCGACUCGUGAAGGGUGCUGGAUCUUCUGCAGCCAAGCGAGGCAAGUCUGAGGACAUGACCGGCGCGAGGUACAUGAUCUUCCCUGUACGAGCAGACCCAUCUAUGCCUGCUCAGGUUGCCUCCGAAUGCAUGAUGGUUGCCUCCGAAGAGAUCGAAGAGAACGUCAAGUAUGAGGCCUUUGCACUCGAAGCGCAAGACCCUCCAGGUCUGGCCAUCCUCGACUCUGGUUGCACAAGAACCAUGCGCGGUUCAGAAUGGGCGCAUCGCUUUGAAGAAGAGAUCUCCAAGUAUGACCUGGUGCCCAAGGUCCGUGACAAAAGACAAACCUUCAAGGUUGGAGGAGCAGCCGAGUCCAAGAUUGUCAAGGUUUUCCCAGUUGGCAUUGGAGGAUCCCAUGGAGUUAUCCACUCUGCCGAGACCGACGGCCAGACACCAAUGCUGAUCUCUCGACCUUUCAUGCAGGCCCUUGGAACCAUCAUCGACUUGAAGAACAACACCGUGUCCUUCAGCGAGCUUGGCAUCAGUUCACUGCCACUUUAUCGCACUCGGAGAGGACACUUGGCCAUUAGCCUGCUCGACUUCAGCGACAUCAAGUCCAACAUCGACUUUGAAAAGGCUCAGAUCUCAGAGUUCCCUGAGGAAGAGGUCUACAUCCAUGACGAGACCUAUGAGCUUCCCAUUGAUGCCCGCAUCGACUAUGAUGAGUACGACAUGAACCCCGAUGACUAUCAAGCGUUGUUCCUCGACCUUGAUGAGCCACCAGAUGAUGGCCACCACUGUGAUGAUGAAGACAUCUUCCUGUCCAUGGUUGACGAGGGACACUUCACUACACGGAAGCCAAGUUCCAAAAAGGGCAAGAAGCUUGAGUCCAUGAACCUCUCCCUUGAUGGCGACGACUACAAUCGCUCUCGCAUCCUCAAGAAUGAGAACACCAUCAAGGUGAAGCGCCGACCUCCUUGCGGCAAGACAUGGUUCAAUCAGCUUUUCGCUGGACAGUUGGGCAUUUCCCUCCUUGGCAUCCUCAUCGGCAUGAGCAUUGGCACCCCUUUGGACAUCGCUUCAAGUUCUUGGGAUGCAUCUACUGCUGCUGGUCGCCGACGGUUGCACCAGGACUAUCAGGUCGAAGACCCCUACUGCACGAUCAUCACCCAUCCGUGCGGACCUUGGGGAUCCUGGUCAAGAUUCAACCUGGCCAAGGGAGGUCAAGCUGCAGAGACUGUCAAAGCACUCCGUGAAUCUAACCGUGAAGUCCUCAAGACUGUCAACAAGACUGUGAAGGACAGACUUCGAGCCAAGCGACAUGUCUUCAUAGAGCAGCCCGCCGGAACUGAGUCUCUAUGUGAAGAUGAGAUGAAAGACAUCAUGAACUACAUCACCUCCGGCGACCUGAUUCUGCUCCGUGUUGAUGGCUGCAUGGUCGGCUAUCACGACCGAGAGAGCAAGUUGCCCCACUACAAACCGUCAAUUUACAUCGCCUCCAUGAUUGCUGCAGAAUCCAUCUUUGCCAACAAGUGCUGCAGCAGAGAUCACCGUCAUGAAACUCUUGAGGGAAACAACAUCUAUGGUUCUCGGACUACACAAGCCGCUGAAUGGUCGAGUCGCCACACUUGGCUCCAACUUUGGCACACGGUCUACAUUCGACCUGGCCAAUUGGAAGAUCCACUACCUCAAGAACCACAAGAUGAUGACGAGACGCCACAAGACGACCAUGACUUCAGGGCUGAACGCGCAGCCGCCUUGGACCCCAUCCUCAACAUUGGAGAAGGUGACAACAGUGGCUCCAGAUCGAUCCGGAGAUCAGAAAGAUCCUUCGUGACCUUCAUACCAACUUUGGCCACUGCACAAACACCACUCUCCAAAGGAUCCUCCGUCGUCAAGGUGCAAAAGAAGAAGCAAUUCGAGGAGCUGGACUUCUGGCCUGCGAUGCCUGUGGUGAUAGUUGUUUGUUGUAUGGGCCUACACUCCGGAGUCCCGUCUUCAAGUGUAGCACUUCGCCAUUUUGCAACUUCCUGGACUUCAUGGUGCGGGCUCCCUUACAGUAUUCAAGUUGAUAGAGGAAAGGAGUUCAUGGCAAGGUUCGCCGACCACCUCAAGACCUUCGGCAUUGAACAAGAAGUCAUGCCUCUGGAAGCUCCAUGGAAAGGUGGACGCUGCGAACGAGCUGGCGGUCUUUGGAAAGAUCUUUGGAUCAAGACACGCCUUGAGUGCCAGAUCGUUGGUUUAGACGAUGUCAUCCUGGCCACCGGCAUUGUCACUCAGACCCGCAACAGCUUUCCACGAAGCAAUGGAUACUCACCCAACCAGUGGGUGCUUGGUGUUCCCGAACUCCGACUACCUGGCUCACUGCUCACGAAUGAAGCCGGACAGUCAGACUGGACACAGACUCUCGUAUUCGCAGAGCCCUUCUUCGUCAGAGCACUCCAACAAGAGGACCAUACCCGAUUGGAUCCCUACAAGAAGCAGCUUGGCCCCCAGCGAGUGACUGACAAACGACAGUACAACUGGUUUGGCCCAGCGAGAGUGAUUGGUGUGGAACUUCGCAACCCACGUCGUCUGGAAGAUCAAGAUCCACCCACUGAAAGCGGUCAACCACACUCCUAUUGGCUUCGCUAUGGACCUUCCGUUGUCUUGGCCACAGGUGAGCAACUCCGAUUUGCUUCUGAAGACGAGCUUUUGGCCGCUCACUGCAUCCCUUCUUAUGCAGUUCAAUCUUGCUCACUUCGUGGUGCUCGCAACUAUGUCGACGCCCGGCCACUCCAGCUUGAGAACCUCAACCUGCCAGGGGGUUCCGUCGUCGAUUUUUGGCAUGUUUCUGGCGAUGGCCGUGUGGUUCGUGUGCAUCAGCAACCACGACUUCUUCUAUUUCAUCCCGCUGACCAAGGCUGUCCUGUUGACUUGGACCAGCUCCAGAAUGUGCGAGUCACUGAAGCCAUCUACACGGCUGAAGCAAGAGAUCACGCCCUGACUGACACCAUUGAAGAUGAUUGGCGUGCCAGCGAUCCACAAGAACAACGCCCACUCACCUUCCAAUGGACAGGCGAGACCAUCUUCUAUCUCAUCAACCAGCCAGAUGGCGAUGAUGGCGACAUGGUCUACACACCAUCAGUGCCGCCCCAAGACUUACCAGGGGGUCUGAAAGAGCUCCGUCGCCUUCAGGGCCAAGAAGACGGAGAAACCUCCACUGAUGUUGAGGUCACUGAAGAUCCACCAGCUGGACCCUUCGAAGAGGCAAUGCUCACUGGAAAGGCUGCAGUUCGCUCAGAGAUCAACCUCGCAGCUCUCUCACCAGAAGACCGCCUCAAGUUCGAUGCCAGCAUGGAAAAAGAAUGGCUAAGCUGGCAGAAGUUCAGCGCAGUGGAGGUCCUCACGGACGAACAGAUCCAAGCACUGCCUGACGAUUGUCAGGUGAUCGGCACGCGGUGGGUUCACACCCUAGACAUCCAUAUGUACCACUAA